AGAUGUGCUUGUUCAAACAAGUCAAUCUAACAUUAUGGUUCUUGUCGGUUGACAUGAACUGUUGCAUCAAGUUGCAUUGCAACAUGUUUCAUAACCUCCAGAAUUAGAAUGAACUGAUCACGGAAAUAAAAAGAAAAAACAAUGCUUCUAUCCAUUGUGAAUCAGGGCUUAUUGUCCCUGAUUCCCAAAAAUGCAGCUCUUUCAGGAUGUCCUGCAGCUUUAACGUCUCAAACUAGGAAUAUGGCCGAUAUUAAGCUACCAGAAAAACAGAAAAGGAAAUCUUACAGCCCUUUCCAAGAUACCAAAGGCAUAGGAGAAUAUGCAGUGGCCAGAAUAGAUGAUCUUUUGAACUGGGGGCGUAAGAGUUCAUUAUGGCCGAUGACAUUUGGUUUGGCUUGCUGCGCAGUCGAAAUGAUGCACAUUGCUGCACCCAGAUACGAUAUGGACAGAUAUGGGGUGGUAUUCAGAGCAUCUCCAAGACAGUCUGAUGUUAUCAUUGUUGCUGGUACUUUGACAAAUAAAAUGGCUCCAGCUUUGAGGAGAAUAUAUGAUCAAAUGCCCGAACCACGAUGGGUCAUUUCAAUGGGAAGCUGUGCCAAUGGUGGAGGCUAUUAUCAUUACAGUUAUUCUGUUGUCAGAGGAUGCGAUAGAAUUAUACCUGUGGACAUAUACGUGCCAGGAUGUCCCCCAACUGCAGAAGCUUUGAUGUAUGGUGUAUUGCAGCUACAGAAGAAAGUUAAGAAUAUGAAGACAAUGCAAUUGUGGUAUAGAAAAUAAUGUGUAGGUACCUGAACUCUGUAGCAAUCUAUGUAUAAAGAUUUGUGUUAUUAAAGUAUGAAAUGUAAUUAAGGUAAACCACUGUAAUUAUAAAUUGGUUUCUCUAGUAA